GGCAUCACUGAUUUGUGUAUAAACUUGUGGAGUUGUGUAAAUAGUUCGAAAAUCGGUUAUAAAUAUUCGAGGAACAAUAAUAAUAUUAUUUCAAGUUAGUAGUAUUUGGUAACAAAAAUCAUGCCAAGAAAGAACAAUGGCUGACGAUUCGUCAAAUGAUGCUUCAAUAGUUGCCAUCACAUCGGACGAAGAUGAUGACAGCCCCAUUAAAAAGCUAUUUAAAAAGCUUAUGUACAAUGACUGUAAGCAGCACACCAUUUUAACAAACAACCAAAUCUUAAAUCUACUUAAAGUUGAAUUUGACAUUGAUGUAUAUAAAUUACAUAACUUACAAGUUGAUAUCUACAUAACAUUAUUAAAAAAAUACCUUAAAGACUGGCCAUUAUGGGAAGAAUUUGACAGUAUAGUUAAUGAGGCAAAAAAGGCAAACAAUUUGGCUAGUUUAGAUGGUAUGUUACAGUCAAAAUACAAACAUCUUAAAGCACAUUUGCAAUAUGCUUUAGAUAUCUCUGAACCAAUGGCCAGAGAAGAAGUGUUGAGACUAAAGAAUACUCAAAAAGUAAUGAGUGAAGUCAAAGAACCACACCAAGCAGUUGUAAUGGAAAUAGAUGCAACACGAAGUCAAUUAAAUAGUUUAAUUUUAAGGAAUUCAUCAUUACAUUCAGUGUUUAAUGUAAAUAGGCAGAAGUCAACAAUAGUUGUUCCAGGAAUUAGGAAAAUAGAAACUAUACUGAACUGGUGGACAAUUAACAUUGAAAUUACAUAUAAACAUGCAAAUAUGACUCGGUUAUUAUAUAAACGUGAGACAAAACAUGAAUUGAAACAUUGCCUAAUCAACAAAAUGUUGCCUUGUAAUAACAAAACUGAAAAAAUAAUCCUUAACCAAGACUUGUAUUUAAAAAUCAAUAAAAAAAGCAAACUAGUAGACAGAAAUGUAUUAAUGGCGUUGAUGAAUGUAAUAGGAAACACGCAUCCAGAUAAAGAAUCGCAGGAAAUAUUAGAAUUUAUUAAAAAAGAUAAUUUAUUAUUGCCUCAAAUUCUGUAUUGUGAUGCAGUUUAUAAGAGAUAUAUGAAUACAUGUGCAUAUGUUAGAUAUUUAUACAAGGAUCACGAAGAAACUGUGAAGGAUCCUCAAAGGGAUUUGCAGUUGGAAGAGAAGAUAUUUCCUAUGUAUAAAAUCUCUAUUGGGGAUCUAAUAAAAAGACCAGUUAAACUGAAUAAUGAUUCUAUCAAAGUGGAAUGUGGGAUGUGCAAAAUGACAUUUACAGGUCCCAACUUAGUAUCAGACCUGAGAAAUCAUUUUGAGGACCACUGUACCGAACCUGACUGGAUCUGCACUUGUUGCAAUAUGACAUUUCCGAUGCUGCAAUUAGCAAGUCAGUGGUGGGCCCAUAAAUGUCCUAAGAGGAAAAAUAAAGAUUAGUUGAAAUA